CGGUUUGGAAGAAUGGCGGGCGCCGAGUCGUCCGGUUGUCUCGAAGGAUGCUCUUCUACGAGCUGUGCGUGUGGCGGCGACAAGGACAAGUGGGGCAGGCGGCUCUCGGAAGACUCGAGCCGUCACCAGCUGCUGCAGAAGUGGACAAGCAUGUGGAACAACGUGAGCGGGGACGCGUCGGUGGCCUGUGCAGCGGGGACGCGGCGCGAGGAGACUGCGGAGCCGGCCGAGGAGGAGGAGGAGGACAGGCCACUGGUGUUUCUGUGCUCUGGCUGCAGGCGGCCGCUGGGCGACUCGCUGAGCUGGGUGGCGAGCCAGGAGGACGCCAACUGCAUCUUGCUGCGCUAUGUUUCCUGUAAUGUUUCUGUGGAUAAAGAACAGAUACUAUCCAAACGUAAAAACGAAAAUGGUUGCCUUCUGGAGACUUUGUACUGCACAGGGUGCUCACUCAAUCUUGGCUACGUAUAUAGAUGCACACCCAAGAAUCUAGAUUACAAGAGAGACUUGUUUUGCCUCAGUGUUGAAGCCAUUGAAAGUUAUAUCUUAGGAUCCUCGGAAAAGCAAAUUGUGUCAGAAGAUAAAGAACUUUUUAAUCUUGAAAGCAGAGUUGAAAUAGAAAAGUCUCUGAAGCAGAUGGAUGAUGUUUUGAAAGCGUUACAAAUGAAGCUGUGGGAGGUUGAAUCAAAAUUGUCCUUUACCAGUUGCAAAGACUGAAAUCUCUUCCAAGCCCCCCACUCUGGACUCCCUGCUGAUGGACACUUCUUUCAUAUGCAGCAAUUCUGGUUCUCAUUUGAUUUCACUUAGAAUGGAAGGAAUUCCUAAGUGGCCGUAUGUAUAUGUGGUGUUCUCUUGUGUUGACUAAGUGAGAAGGAUCUCAGAAUUACUUUUAUGGAUAUAGUAAAUGGUUAAAAGGAUGGCUAUUUCCCAAAGCUGAAUUUUAAAGUCAUUUUAUGAUACUGGCUGAAACUGGAAUUUAGUAGUUUUUGCUUUGAUAAGAAACUGCCCUGAUUUUCUGAAGUGUUUAUUUCUCUUUAUUGAAUUCAUUUCCUUUUAAAAAAAAAUUUCAGGGCAGCCCGGGUGGCUCAGCAGUUUAGCGCCGCCUUCAGCCAAGGGCCUGAUCCUGGAGACCUAGGAUCAAGUCCCACGUUGGGCUCCCUGCAUGGAGCCUGCUUCUCCCUCUGCCUGUGUCUCUGCCUCUCUCUCUGUGUCUCUCUUGAAUAAAUAAAUAAAAUCUUUUAAAAAAAAACUUCAUUCACCUCUAAUACCUUGGGAAGUAUUUAAUAAAUGGCAAGAAAAUCUUAGAGGUUUUUCCAUCCACUGUGUGAUUGACUCUCUGAAAACAGAUCCAUAAAGCUCUCUGAAGAAACUGGUCAGUUGAAUUAUUUGUCAGAACUGUUUGAAAACUUGCACAAGAGGAGAAUAGAAUAUAUUCUAGUGGUAGUAGAAUUCCACUUGGUCUGUUUGUUUCCUACUAUAUGGCCCCCAAAACCUGGAAUAAUACAUCUCUGAGGGUGGGAUUCUGUGGAAUUUUCAAUCUUUGAUAAUGUGAUACUUAUGCAACAUGUGCUAUUUUUAAAAGUGGGAGAAUAAAGAUUAAAACCAA